AUGGCCUCUCCAACUCGCCGCCCGAUCAGCGCGAUCCGUUCCUUCCACACAUCUCUACCAGGCUACGCACAAACUCCUCUAGUUGCACUGCCAGACCUCGCACAACAGCUCGGUGUCAAAGCCGUCUAUGUUAAGGAUGAAAGCAAGCGCUGUGGUCUACGUUCUUUCAAAAUCCUGGGCGCGUCAUGGGGCUGUUUUCGUGCCGUCUGCGCCCAUUUAAAAAUCGAGCCUGCUUCGACAAAUAUCACUGACCUUAGAGAGUACGUUAGAGAUCAGAACGAGCAGGUUCAGAUUUACCUCUAUACAGCAACCGAAGGGAACCAUGGUCGUGCUGUGGGUUACAUGGCGGCUCUGAUUGGCGUGCAGGCGCAUGUUUUUGUGCCAGAGGGCAUGAAUGCACAUACUAGAAAGUUGAUUGAAAAUGAUGGAGCCCAACUUCAUGUUGUUCAGGGAGACUACGACAUUGCAGUCGGGCAAGCAGCCGCAGCCGCAGCGACACACGGUGGAUUACUGGUACAAGACACGGCAUGGGAUGGGUAUGAAGAAAUUCCGAGCUGGAUUGUCGACGGCUACUCGACGUUGAUGGAAGAAAUUGACGAGCAGCUUGGCAAAGAAGGCCUACAUCCAUCAGUCGUGAUAACUCCAGUGGGCGUGGGAUCUUUAGCAAGUGCUGUUGCGAAGCAUUGCAAGUGGAGAAGACACAGCCAUGUGCAAGUCGUCGCAGUGGAACCUGAUACGGGGGCAUGCUUCUACAAGUCUCUUCUUGCUGGCCGAUCAGUGACUGUUAAAACCACAUCGAGUAUCAUGAAUGGCUCCUGCUGUGGGACAUUGUCCAGUACCGCAUGGGAUAUCCUUAGGCAAUCCGUGGAUGCAAGUGUCACAGUGUCGGAUUAUGAAAGCCAUAGGGCAGUGCAAUAUCUGGAGAGCCAUGCUAUAUCAGCCGGCCCCUGUGGAGGUAGCACCCUUGCUGCAUUGCGGCAUCUGGUAGAGACCCAGCAGGACAGGGUUGAACUUAACAAAGAUGCUGUUAUCGUUAUAUUGAGCACAGAAGGAUCAAGACCGUACCCCAAACCAUUUGAUACAUCAACUGAUGAUCCAGUGACGCUCACCCAAAUCCUUACGCAAAUCGAUUCGUCGAACGCUACCUUAUCGGUUGCUGAAGGGGCAGGGGAGGCCCAAAUUGCAGAUUAUCUGGCUGCAUGGUUCGAGCACCGUGGUAUAGAGAAUCACCGUAUCGAGACAGUUCAUUCACGUCCAUCUGUUGUUGGUAUUGUUCGUGGAACUGGAGGUGGAAAAUCACUGAUGCUCAAUGGACACAUUGACACUGUCAGCUUGUCUAGCUACGAAAAAGAUCCUCUUUCGGGUGCCCUCGCAAACAAAAAUAACCGUUCAGUAGUCCUCGGACGAGGAAGUCUUGAUAUGAAGAGUGGCGUGGCAGCCAUGCUCAGUGCAGCGCUUGUGGCAAAAUACAUCUCUCUUCGAGGGGAUAUCAUCAUCGCGGCAGUCGCAGACGAGGAAGACGCAUCCAAAGGAACCAUUGACGUGAUCGAAGCUGGCUGGCGAGCUGACGCUGCUGUAAUUCCAGAACCUACGCAACAUGAACUGGUUUGUUCCCACAAGGGGUUUGUAUGGAUUGAAAUCGACAUCAUAGGAACCGCGUCGCAUGGCUCAAUGCCCUCGUUGGGGGUUGAUUCGAUUAUGCAUACUGGUGCUUUUCUGACGCAGCUCGAAGCAUACCAACAGAAGCUUCCCACGGAUGACCUCCUCGGCCAAGCUUCUUUACACUGCGGACUGAUCAAUGGCGGUGAAGAAGCAUCUUCAUACCCAGCAAAAACCACUCUGACAAUCGAAUUUCGCACCAUCCCAUCCCAAUCCCCACAAACCCUCGUCACUGACAUGUUAGCUCUUCUUCAAACCACCGCAUCACUCAGACAAGGGUUCCAAUUCUCUCAGCCUCGAGUCACUCUCUCUCGCCUACCGAUGAAAAUACCCUCUACCCACCCUUUCGUGCAAAAGGUAGCAGACACGGCAAAAUCUAUCAUCGGAGCUUCUCCAAAAGUGGCAUCAAUGCCGUUUUGGUGUGACGCCGCACUUUUGAGCGAAGUCGGGAUUCCGUGUGUGGUGUUUGGACCGAAAGGUGAGGGGUUGCACGCAAAGGAGGAGUAUGUCGAUGUUGAGAGUAUCAAGCAGGUAGAUAGUGUUUUGGCCAAAUUGGUACAGGAUUAUUGCCAAUGA